GGAGGGUACUAGGGCAUAGGGGACUUUAUACUUCAUUUUCGGUGUUCGCCUGGGUACCUAAGGACCGCCUCCUCCUGGUCACAUGACCUCCACUCGCACUUUCCAAUCGCCAACGACCAAAUAAAAUAAUUCUCACCGAAUCGGCGCGAAGAAUCUGGCGCAGCCAAUAACAGCAUGUCUCGGAUCAUGCGCCAGUGGCCAGGCGACGUUAUUUUCGAAGCAACGCUUUCGGUUGUGCUAAGCGUGAUUUGGUUGUUCAAGCAUAUGUUCAAGUUUCCAAACUGUUGUAUUUGGUCUUUAAUUCAUCCAUGGUACGACAUGCUUCCUCCUGAAAUUAUCCUACCAUGGGAUUACAGUAUAAGUCCCAAGGAGAUGCAGUCACGCGCAAGCAGCAUCGUCAACGAAUUACAGGCUGAAUACGAUAAAGUGGGCAGUUUGAAAAGAGAGGAAGCCACAUUUGAGAAUGUACUAAACGUACUGGCAGACUUAGAACGCCGUUCAGAAAAUGAGGAAUGCUACAUUUGGAGGGCCCAGUACGUUGCCACAGACAAAGAGCUACGGGAAGCAAGUGCACAGGCAGAACAAGUUAUCAGAAAGUUUUUUGUUGAAACAAGCAUGCGGCAAGAUAUAUUUGAGAAAUUGAAAGCAUUGGAACAAAAAGAUGCAACGGUUCUACCUGCGGAAAUGCAGAGGUACUUAAAAAGAUUGAUCAAGCUUGGUGAAAGGAAUGGCCUUCAUUUGCCAAACGACAUUCAAGAACAAGUUAAGAAACUCUCAAAUGAAAUCAAUGAUUUAUGCAUUCGGUUCAUGAAGGUACUUAAUGAAGAAAACUCAACCAUUGAGUUCACCCAGCAAGAACUUGAUGGCAUUCCUGAAGACUUUGUGAAAAGCCUUGAACUGGUUGAACCUGGGAAGCGGAGGGUCACAAUGAAACCACCCCACUACAUGUCCGUGAUGAGAAAGGCGAAAAACCCUGAGACCCGCCGCCGCAUGAGCCUUGCCUAUGGAACCAGAUGUCUGGAGAACACUCCAGUUAUUGAGAAGCUAGCCACUUCAAGACACGAGAAAGCGGUCCUGCUCGGGUAUCCUGACAAUGUCAGCUUUGUCACGGAACUGUUGAUGGCCAAAUCGAGGGACAAUGUGCACAACUUUCUGGCUGGCAUGGCAGAAAAACUGCUACCUCUGUGGCAGAAAGAGAAGCAAGUUUUGCUAAAACUCAAGGAGGAAGAGUGUCAGCAACUUGGUAUACCAUUUGAUGGAAAGUUGAAUUCUUGGGAUAUGAUAUACUACGACAACAUGCUCAAGGAGCGCAUGUACGGCGUCGACCAAGAAAAGCUGCGGGAGUACUUUCCCCUUGAGACUGUUCUGGCUCGGAUGCUUGAAAUAUACGAGCAACUACUUGGAUUGGUGUUCGAGCAAGUGCCAGACGUAAAGCUUUGGCACCCUGGGACAAGUUUGUAUAAAGUCAACGAUGCAGCCACCGGAGAACUCAUGGGAUACUUCGCUUUGGAUCUGUUCCCAAGAGAAGGAAAGUACAACCAUUUCUGCAAUGCUCUCAUGCAGCCUGGAUGCCUCAAGCCAGAUGGUACAAGACAGCUCCCUUUUGUCUGUGUAAUCUGCAACUUCACUGAGCCUACGGCAGACAAGCCCUCCCUGCUUACCCACGCCGAAGUAAAAACCUUCUUUCACGAGUUUGGCCACACAAUGCACCAUGUCUGCAGCAGAGCUGCCUUGGCCAUGUUUGCGGGCACAAAAACAGAAAGGGAUUUUCUAGAAUGUCCCUCACGAAUGCUCGAAAACUGGGUCUGGGAAGCAGAGCCGCUCUCGAGGAUGUCGGGUCACCACGUCACGGGAAAGCCGUUGCCCCGGGAGCUGCUGGAGCCGCUGGUUGCAUCACGGCUGGCGGGUGUGGGCUGGUUCUCCCUGCGAUAUAUCAGCCUCGCCCUCUUGGACUACACCAUCCACACGCAGCGGCACGUAGAUACCCAGAAGGUGUUCGGGGAUAUCCAAGAGAACCUCCUGCAGUACCCACCACACGAGGGUACAAACAGGGCAUCGCAUUUUAAUCACUUGGUUACGGGCUACGACGGACGGUAUUACAGCUACAUGUGGAGUGAAGUGUUCAGCGCGGACAUGUACAGCACCCGUUUCAAGAAGGAAGGGGUAUUUAACAGACAUACGGGAAUGGAGUAUCGUAAGAAGAUUCUUGAGCCGGCAGGAUCUAAGGAUGCCGCAGAUCUCCUCAGGGACUUUCUUGGGCGAGCGCCCAAUAACGAAGCGUUCUUGAUUAGUAAAGGACUGUCUGUCGCCUAACAUGGCUUUUGCCUAAAACGUGUGACAGCACAGAACUGUGCGCUUAAAUAAAGUAAUUUUAUAGUUGU